UCUUCCUCGAUCCCCACUUCUCCCCUCGCACCGCCAGACCCCGUGCCCGAUCCCCUCGUGCCCGACGCUCCUUCCUCUCCUCCGCGUCCGUCCCCGCUCAAGCCUCUCCGCCGGAGCACGCCCGCUGAGCUCCUCGUCGGCCCUCCUCCGCGCCGUUGCCUCCCCCGAUGGCGCUGCGCUCCCUCGUCAGGAAGUUGCCGGCCCUCGGUGCCCGGUCGCCGAUGAUGGCCCCCCGUAUGGGGCCGGUCCACGCGCUCUCGCCGGCGGCGGGUUCUCGCCUCAUGUCCCACGGUGGCACGGGGGGACAAGUGGUUUAUUCUGAUGACGAGGCAACGCUGGCCAAACAGCGCGAGGAAAUAAAGCGCAUGGCUGCAGAGUUUGACCAGAGUAUGAAGGAUAUAUCCAAGAAUUUGGAUGAUAUGGAUUUAGUUGAGAGGCGUUGCAAGGAGGACUUGGCAAAUUUCCACAGGAGGCUGGAUAACAUGCAGAAGGUGGUCAAUGUUGCUCUUAUUGUGCUGGUGCCUAUAAGUAUUCUGAAAUUUUUGUCUCUGUAGUAUCAUCCCCUCCUGGUUGGUUAAGAAAUGCUAAUUUAUUAGUGGGUUAGAAACCCUAUCGUUGUUUGUGCAUGUAUAUACGUGUGAAGUAUAUACUUCCUCCUUUCUGGUUUAUAGGAUUCAAUUCAAAAAUCUCACCAACCUUACCAACCAAGAUAGAUGAUGACUGAGGAAAUACUUUUUGUAAUUUGCAAAAGCACCUAAUUAAUGCUUUUGUUUUUUUAUUUAUGUUUAUCAAUGUAUUAAUUGAAAUACAUGCAAGCAUAAAAUACAUGCAUUGAUCAAUUUUUUUCUUAA